UGCAGGCUCAGAAAUGUGAAGAGCUACCGCAUUGGGCGGGGCUUCACAGCACAAGAAUGGAGGCGAUCGGCGGGCAAACGUUUUAUUUCACGCAUUGAAAGGUAAUUUCUCACGAACGCGAUCAGUGUUGACCAUUUUCUGGCCACGACUGGGGAAAAUGGACCAUUAGGAAGACACACCGCGGCGUGAGGGAAAAGUGACGAUCGUACAAGGGAUUGUCCAACGAGAGUAAAUGAGAGGUACGGGAAAAGAAGGGCCCGUCGUCGUAGCCGGAGACCUUCGGGGAAAAGUGGGUAGCGCCGCCUGACGACCGCCUCGAACCGGGGAGCCACCGUCAGGAAACCGCGGUGCCGAGAAACAGGUUUGCAGUUCUGGAUGGUGAUAGGAAGUAGCCUUCAAAGGACAUAACAACACCAGAGCAGCACAUCUGAACUCAAACACACACAUGCUCAUACAAACACAUUGAGUUUACAUCAAAACAGUCAUGUGACAUGCCUUUAAUGACAGACGUAUUACUUGAAUAAGACACCGCACAUAUCACAACCAUGGCUGAGCAGCCGGAGGACCCACAGGGUGUUUAUGUGGAGCACCAGUACAUGUGCAGCGAGUGCCACCAGCUCUUCAACACCCUGGAGGAUGUGCUGGUCCACCAGCAGAUCCACAACGGGCUAGAGGGAGACGGCGAGGCAGAGGCAGGGGAGACCGUGGCCAUCCAGGACAUCUCCGAGAUGGGACAGACCCAGCAGUACCAGUGCCUGGAGUGUGGGACGCUCCUUGUGAACCCAGAGGAGCUGCUGCAGCACCAGGAGAUGCACAUGAGAGAGGCCGGGAUGGAGGUGGAGCAACAGGAGCUGUGUGAGGUUCUGGAGACAGGGGAGGCCAGACAGGAGGCCCAGGUGUCGGGGCCGGUCCAGUACCAGUGUCUGGACUGCCUGGCUCUGUUUGACUCACCUGACGUCUGGCUGGAGCACAGGCAGACCCACAGCAGGAGCAGCACACACAGCAACACAGUGGAGACGACGCAGGAGUAUGUGCUGCAGCCUGAUGGAACCAUCACUCCUCUGAACAGUGUGCAGAACUACGUGCUGAGUGAGCAGCAAGCUGGGGAGAUUUUGGCACAGGUGCUCGCACAGCAGCAGCAACGACAGCAACAAAAGAAACGCCAUUGUGUCCCCAAAGUUGUCACGUCCCCACGCUCCUCCCUGCUGCCUCCAGUCUCUCCGACCCCUGGUUCAGCCACCAUGCAUCUACAGAUUCUGACCGCCAAGGCCCUGGCCGACGGCUCCACCACUCCCAGCCAGCGGCGGGCCAAGUUGCCCCCUCUGUUGCCCGCUCUGGCGCGAGACUCUUCAGGAAAGCUGGGGGUCCUGGAGAACGGUGUGCAGAGAGUGGAGUUACGGCUGGCCCCAGGUGUUCAGGAAGACAGCCAGCAGCAGCAGCAGCAGCAGCAGCAGCAGCAAACAGAGAUGGUGGUCAUCCAUCCUUAUGAAUGCUCAGAGUGCUCCCUUCUCUUCCAGACCCCAGAGGACUUUCUUCAGCACCAGGGGGAGCACUUCCUGGGCCAGGACAAAGAGAGUGGUGAGGCAGGGGUCAUGAGUGGCUUCGAGGAGGCGCGAGGGAGGGAGGAGUCUGUAGAGAAGAUUGAGGAGAUUCGGUUUAGAGUCGUAGAGAAGAAAGCAGCGGUCUGGUCCAAGCCCCAGCAGUGUGAGCUCUGCAACCGCACCUUCACCUCUGUCAACAGACUGGCUGCUCACAAGCGUGUGCACGAGCAAGGCACACAUGAAUGCCCGGAGUGUGGCAAGGUUUUCAAGAAGGCGACAUCAUUGCAGACACACAUGCGCACUCACUCUGGGGUGGCCAGGUACCUGUGUGUGGACUGUGGCCACGGCUUCACCACUGAGAUGACCCUCAUCAUGCACAGGAAGUCCCACACUGCAGACCCCCUGCACAAAUGUCAGUUCUGCAACAAAACUUUCACCAACAUGACCAAGUACCUGUACCACCGUCGGACCCACCUAAACCGUGACACAUCUAGCACGUCCACCCCAACUGCCAUGGUUUCAGCCCCCAAAAGGGCAUCUCUGUCCGCUCUGGCUAUCCUGCAGAGAGCCAGGGAGAAGAGGGAGGUGUCUCAAAAUCAGGAGGAAGCAAAAGUCAACCUGUUGGCCCCCCUCACAGAGGAAGAGAUGGAACGAUUGGGAGAGGACCCAAUGCCAAGUUCCCAAAGCAAAGCUGAAGGGAGUAAAGAAGAGAAGCAGGGGGAGAAGCAAAACAGAGAAAUGGCUGCCCCAUUCUCAGGGAUGAAUAGUGACCCCCAACAGGUGGAGGAAUCCUCUGGGACUGGCUUAGCUACAAAUCAAACUUCCAUGGGUGACGCUGGUGUAGGAGCCUCAUGUAGCUCCUCUGAUCCAACAGAGUCUGCCUCAGCUGAGUCGUCAGACAAAGGGCCCCUUUCUUGUCGUUCAUGCACUAAGACCUUCACCUCCCAGUUGCAGCUAGUCCAUCAUCGACGCAAGUCCCACGUUACAGAGCGCAGCUUCAUUUGUGGCAUCUGUGGCAAGUCCUUUAAGAAGCAGAUCCAUGUGCGCAACCAUCUCCGCACACACACCGGUGAGCGGCCCUUCCAGUGUUCAGACUGUGGUAAAACCUUCUCGUCUCUAGCCAACCUGAUGCGGCACAACCUCAUCCACUCGGGUGUGCGGCCUUACCGCUGUGAUGUCUGCCACCGCACCUUCUCCCAGUCCUCCAACCUCCGCCAGCACAGCCUGCUUCACUCCAAUGCCACAAAACUGCCCUGCCCUGACUGCCCUGCUACCUUUAGAUGGCCGGCCAGGCUAGCGGCACACCGUUACACCCAACACCCUGGGGCCCCAGCUCCCUUCCCCUGCCCCCACUGUGAGGCUGGCUUCCUGACCAGGAGGCAGCGAGACAGCCACUGUUUGGAUCAGCACCCAACCCAGGUGCAAGGUGGCACAGGUGUAGAGGUGGGCAAGGAGACCCUGACCCAGGAGGAGCCAGGUGGGGAAUCCACCCCAGAGCCCUCAACGUCUGCCACAGGGCAGGGAGAGCCGGUGGCUUCGUCUACUCUACUACGGGGGGGCCUUGACUGCACCAUCUGUGGGAAGAAGCUCAAUUCUCAUGCAAACCUGCGACUUCACCGACUGAGCCACUUGGCCUUGGGCCCUGGACGGCCGCGGAGCACCUCAGGCAAGCGUCCCAAAGCCCACCAGUGCCCUGUAUGUGGCAAGCUGUUCGUCUCUUCCUCAGGAGUUGCCCUUCACCAGCGAGUCCACACUGGGGAGCGCCCCUUUCCAUGCCAACAGUGUGGAAAGCGCUUCCGCCAGAAUACACACCUGCGAGAGCACCUGCGCACACAUUCAGGGGAACGGCCUUUCCGCUGUGAAAUGUGUGGAAAGGGUUUCAUCCAGAGCAUGCACCUGGCAGAGCACCGGCGCACACACACAGGGGAACGACCGCACGUAUGUCCACAGUGCGGCAAAGCCUUUAAGACCUUCUCCAACCUGAGGAACCACAAAAAGACCCAUGCGAGGCAGCAGAGGCUGGAUGAGGAGGCUGCUGCCCAAGCCGCCAUGGAGACUAGCUCUGCUGUGGCACUCGUGGAUGCCUCUGCUGUGGAGCUGGCUAACGGGCAGCCGCAGGUCAUCCAGAUCCAGGCCUCAGAUCUUCCGCAGGGUCAGGGCACUCCUACCAUCAUGUGCAAUGAGUUUGGGGAGACCAUAGCCAUCAUUGAGACCAGUGAGGGAGGAGCACUGCCAUUGGAGCAGGCCUUGGAGAUCUACCACACAGCACUGGAGAACGGCCUGGCCAUGGACACUGUUGCUGUGGAUGGACUGCAGCUCCUCUGAUGACGAGGGACAGACAAAACUAGAGCUCAUUCUUCCGAAGUAUCAGUGAACUGAACAGAGAUCCAAAGUGAGAGAAAAAUGCCUUAUCGACUACUGGGAGAGAGAAUUCAGUUCCGUGUAAUAGGAAUUACCAGACUCAAAUACUUACCGGUGAAGAAUGUGCUGAAAUAAACAAAAUAAAAUGGAUUUUACGUUGAAGAAAGAGUUGACCAAAGUAACUUCUCAGUUUUACCAAGUUGUGGGGGUGGUCAGUAUUUCAAGUGAAUUUAGGAUAUGGCGGGCAUAAUUGAGAGCCAUUGGCUGUGCCUCAGAUCAAGGUUGUAUCCUGCAUGAUUGACUUACCUUUUGUCAAAUGGACAUGAUUUUUUACUUGUGUUGAAGUGUUGAAGCAAAGCGUUCUGUUGUAAAUAAGUGAAAAUCAAUAAAUGUUUUUCAAGAUUCUCUAUA